AUGUCCGCUCCACAGCAAGCUGAGUUCACGUUUCUGCCCCUCGGCGCCAUCAUCCAGGAAUUCCGCGUUGGUGGUAAGAACAUUGUCCUGGGGUUCCCCACGCAAGAGGAUUAUGUUCAGCAUAACACCCCGCAUUACGGUGCCACCAUCGGUCGCGUUGCCAACCGCAUCAAGGAUGGUAUAAUCGGUAACCUCAACGGCCGCUCUUAUCAGCUUGUGAAAAAUAACGGUCCAAACGCCCUUCACGGCGGCGAGAAGGGCUGGGGAAAACGUGUGUUUGAUGGCCCACAUACCGUUAGCCGGCACGGUCAUGAUUCUUUGUUCUUCAAAUAUCGCUGCCAAGACGCGGAAGAGGGAUACCCUGGUACAGUGGAGGUGCGUGUUUGGUACACAGCUAGCAAAGAGGACGAGAAAACCGUCUUAACUGCCGAAUAUGAGGUCGAGUUUGUCGGUAAUGAAUGUGAAGAGACUGUCGUCAACAUCACAAACCACAGCUACUUCAAUAUCGGCGAUGGGGCUACUAUCACCGGCACCAUGGCCCAACUGGAAACAAAUGACUACCUCCCACUUGAUUCAACCGGCAUUCCAGAGGGCGGAAUCGCUCAAUUCCCCCGUGACGUGACCAAGCUGUUUGAACUCGAGGCGACUGGUCCCCAUAUUGAUGAUGUCUUCGUGAUGGAGAAAGAUCCAUCGAAGAUUCCCCUCGAUACCCGCGGCUUAGCCUUGCGCCGUCUCGCCCAAUUCAGCAACCCCGAUACAGGCCUUCACCUUGAAGUCCACAGCACUGAGCCAGCAUUCCAAUUUUAUACGGGCAAGUACAUCAAUGUGCCUUCCAUUAAUGGCGCCCCUGCACACGCGGAAGGCUCUGGGUUCUGUGUAGAGCCUAGCCGGUACGUGAAUGCGAUCAAUGAGCCAGCUUGGCGAUCAAUGGUGUUGCUCAAAAAGGGAGAGAUUUUUGGUUGCAAGACAGUGUACAAGGCCUGGAAGGCUUAG